AUUUAUUCUGGGAUACUUGAUUUAACACAAAAAUAACUACCAAGUAAAGAACAAUCAGUGCUGCCCUUGUGGGUCAGUUCUAGGAUUUGAAAGAAAAGAUUUUUAAUUUUCAAUUUUCCUUAUUUCACUCACAUAGCAAAACUUAUUAUUUCAGACCUAAUUCAAAAUUUGUUGUUAUCUGGAUAUAGGAUAGAUUGAAAUUUAUUUUUACAUCUUUUGUAUCUGUACAUUCCUUUGUUAGUACAGUGUUUUUUGAAGAAAAAUUUGCUGAGCAAAUAAAUAAUAGACAUUCUCUGUGUUUUCAGUUAGAGGAAGUUAAAACAUUUUUUGUUUGGUCAGUUGAGUGGAUUGUUUUGUUUGUGUUUUUUGGCUUUUUUAUUAAUGAAAGACCAUAACAAUUUGUGAAAUGUUCUGUUUGUUUAGCACGUAUUUCUUCUUUCACUUUAGCUCAGUCUGGAUAUAGAACAUAUGUUUUUGACUCACAGUUCAAUGCUUUUUCCAAAUAUAAGAUUGAAUUUCUUUUUAAGUACGGUAAUGCUUUUAUACCGCUUAGCACAGUGCCUGGCGCAUAGUAAGCGCUCAAUAAAUGUUAGCUAUGAUUAUCACAUAAAAUUUUUAUAAAACUAAGUAAUAAAAUCUUCCAAUUUUUUUCAAAUUAAUUGUCCACACUGUUAAAUAUUAAUAAGAUUUUAUUAUCUCUAAUUUUCUAAGAUUUUAUUAUCUGAUUAAUGUCAGAGACUGAUGUCUCAUCUCUGUUAAUAGAAGGGGAGUGUUAAAAGGGAUAUAAAUUCCCACCAAAGAUUACAGAAAUAAAGUAACUGGAGGAGACAGUAUGCUCACUGAGGAUCUUAAGCAGCUUCAAAUAAAAAUCAGUUAUUUGAUUUGGGACCCUUUCCCAGUAUAAUAAAAAGCAAAAUUUUGAUAGGUAUCAGAAUAGUUCGUCAGACCACUUUAUUGUUCAAAUUUAUUUUGAAGGUUAGCAGAAGGAGGAACUUAUUUUGUUAGACAAAUAUAGCUUCCAUCUACUUUAUUCUUCCUUCCUCUUUUGCUGUGGGGUGCAAUUUUGUUAAUACAGAAUUAGUAAAUAAAAUUAUUAAUUGCAUAUAGAUAUUAGCACUUUUCCUGUAGUCAUGUAGAAAAUAUUUUUUAAAAAGCUUUACAUUGCAUAAAAGAGGUGUUGCUUACUUAUCCACAAAUGUUCAUUCUAAUUGUUGAGGGGAUGUUAUUAGCUAGUAAUUUGUUUCAUUUAGCCUGUGUUUUAAUAUGAAACCUACUACUUUCACUGUUCUGGCAGUCUUUACCAUGAAAAUAUCUAGUUAUUUUAAAGCUACCCUUAUCUCUAUAGAGUAACUGCAAAGAACUUACUUUGUUUUCUUUUUAAAGCCCACAAUUUAUCACAGCAGAAAGUAGAUAUGGAAUGGAGAAAAAUGAUACUUGAGAAGCUAAGGUUAUUUAUGAAGGAGAAUGGCAAUUAUUUUACAGUAUAAUCAGCUAUAUGGACUUCUAAAAUCUGCUGUAAUUUUUUACCCUGCAAAUGUGAAAUUGUAAUUGGGUUAAGAUAUGGAAUGGGUUAAUGUUUGAAAUACAGUUUUUUAUUGGUAUCAGACACUUAAUUAACUUCUUUAUGUGUGUAAAAUGGUUGUGUUAAUUAUUGAGUAUACAAAGAUUAAUGAAUGAACAAAGUUGUUUUCAUUAGAUAAAGUAUUUUGUACUUGGUCAUUUAAAAAGAAAUCACAUAUGACAGAUAUUUCCUGUUGGAAUUUAGUAUAGUACAUGGCUGUAUUCCUCCUGUAGCAUUGGCGAACCAGCAUUUUCAAUGCAUGACUCAGUCUUUUAACUAAGACAUUGUAGGUAUUAGUCUACAGAAAAAUUGACCCUUAGGUCAACUGGAACUGAAAUGUCUCAAGUCAGGGUACAGUUAUUCCUUUCCAGGGUACAGAUCUAGAAGGUACAACUAGUGAAAAAAAGACAGGGGCUGGAUUCCCAGUCUCUGUUCAUUAGGAUAGACCCGAAAGGGCCAAAUAUGUCAUUUAGCUGCUAAGUAGUCUGAACACACCUUGUCAGAGAGAACACCAGCUACUCUGUGGGACUUGAGGCUCUGGGUUUCAGUAGUAUAAAUUAGUCAGAAUGUUAAUACUUGAGAAGCUAACCUCAAUAAAGGAUAGUGAGAUAGAAGGAAUAGUAGGUGGGAUAGAUUAGUGACAUUCUUCUUAUGGUAACUAAUUCUAAUUGUGCAUUAGGCUUGAUAUAACUUGCCUCCAAAGUGUAUUAAAUACUACCAUUCACUCUGUAUUCAGAUUGGCAAAGUUCAGCAGGAAUUUGUACCAUUAAAAUGGAGGUCUACCAUCUGUUUUGUGUUCUUUUUUUAAUUUUUAUUUCUUUAACAUUUAUUCAUUUCUGACAGAGACAGAGCGUGAGUAGGGGAAGAGCAGAGAGAGAGGGAGAUGCAGAAUCUGAAGCAGGCUCCAGACUCUGGGCUGUCAGCAGAAAGCCCGAUGUGGGGCUUGAACUCAUGAGCCAUGAGAUCAUGACCUGAGCUGAAGUCGGACAUUUAUUUAACUGACUGAGCUACCCAGGCACCCCGUGUUUUGUGUUCUUGAUGAUUACAGAGGUUAGAGGUGGAGAAGGAAGAGUAGCCUCCAAAACUGACACUCACAGAGAUUAAACAAGGGAGGACGUUCCUCUUGGAAUGGAUACGGGCCUGGUGAAGCCUACAUUUUGCCUGAUUUGUGUGGAAGUAAUUGUGUAGUACAUAAGGGUACCUAGAAGAUGCUGGACUAGGGGCUUGUAUGAUCACAGGUUCCAGUAUAGUCUGACUGUAUCCAAAUAUGUAACUUACUUUUCAUCUACGAGUUCAUGUGAAUACUGUGCAUUAAAUGAUAGCUAUAGAAGCUAUUGAAUGGAAUCUUGUGUUCAAGUUGCAUAAUGUUCUCUACUUGUCAUCUUUGCGUGUGUAAGAUUUUGGGUAUGCCUUAUAGGUUUAAAGACCCCCUUGGGCUUCCUAAAGCUACCAACUAGUUUGGAAUUAACAAGGAACCAGGAAUUAAUCUCUCCACAAUAUUCAGCGCAUUGAAAUUAAAUGGUAGUAAAAUUGGAGUGACUUCUUCUUUCUUACCAAAAAGAUUUAGAGCUUUGGAGAAUUGGACAGAAGGGAAACUACUAUUUACUGAGUGCUUCCUGUAUUAUAGGCACAGAGGUUAACUAGCUCUCAGGAUGAAUCCAUGAUAAAUAUUUGUAUCUGAAUUCUCUGAGGACCUGGGUCAUUUGCUGGGGAAAGAAAUAAAUUUGUCUUUCUGGGAUCUGGACUCCUGACUUGAGAGCAGUUGGCACAUUCUCAUGCUUUGAACAAUAUCCUCCUGUUUUAAGAACACCUAGAUGAAGGCUGUUUUGUGGAGAACCAGAGCACAGGUGGGUGAUUGAGAAGUGGUGCUGUUGACAGUGUUUUAGGCAGAUGACACAUUUCAGAAAAUUAUAGGACCAUUUAACAGAUACUUGAAUUAAUACUGAAUGCUCUGGGAGUUCUUGUUCUCAAGAACAUGUUAUAGUUGGGGAGGUCAAGACAUUUAUAUGUAAAAUGUUACAUAACAGCCUACAAUGCUAAUACAUAGGUUAAAAAGUAUUGUGUUGAAUGGUAUGGACAGAUUUAGGGUUUAGAGAGAAAAAAGCACAGUAAGCUUCAAAAAGAAGAUAGGAAUUGAGUUUAAUUGGAACUUACUGAGUGCCUACCAUAAAAUGAAUGGCAUAAUGUUGCCUAGUGCAGAUGUGUGGUAGAAGAGGUCAUUCUGCUGUAUAUACACUGUAUGUACAGUGUACCUACUGCUGUGAUGUUACUGCCUUUAUUUAUUACAUGUCUUUACUGCCUUUGUAUCCUCUGUAUUCUGUACAUCUCAGGCACUCAGUAAAUGUUUAUAGAAUGCAUGUUGAGCAAGCUGUAGUUAAUCUGGUAGAUAAGUACACAAGGUAUUUUAUUACAAAGCAGAGGAGGAAGGACCGAGUUUUCUGGCUAUUUCAGAGGUGGGAGUAAUCAUGUAUCUUGGAGAAUGAUCAGGAAAGCAUUUACAAAUGAAGUCAUGUUUAACAUUGGCCUUAAACAGACUGUGGGGUAAGGUUGUUCUAGUGGUGGGAGCAACACCUACAGCAUGGGGUAAUUUGGGGGCAGUCUAGUUUAUCAAGGCAAGGGAAACCUCUUAGGCUAUUACAUUGGUUUCAUUCAAGAAGUAUGAUCUUUAUAGUUCUGUGGGAUAUAUCUCAAGAUCUUUACCAUUUUUCAAGGUCAAGAACACAAGCAUACAGUUUUCCUGCAGAAAACAACGAUUUUGUGAAAACCAUUACUUCAUUAGACUGUGCACUAGGCCUUCCAAUGAGGGGGAUGAGCAACAAUACCCCUCAGUUAAAUCGCAGCUUAUCACAAGGCACUCAGUUACCGAGCCACGUCACGCCAACAACAGGGGUACCAACAAUGUCACUUCACACGCCUCCAUCUCCAAGCAGGGGUAUUUUGCCUAUGAAUCCUAGGAAUAUGAUGAACCACUCCCAGGUUGGUCAGGGCAUUGGAAUUCCUAGCAGGACAAAUAGCAUGAGCAGUUCAGGGUUAGGUAGCCCCAACAGAAGCUCGCCAAGCAUAAUAUGUAUGCCAAAGCAGCAGCCUUCUCGACAGCCUUUUACUGUGAACAGUAUGUCUGGAUUUGGAAUGAACAGGAAUCAGGCAUUUGGAAUGAAUAACUCCUUAUCAAGUAACAUUUUUAAUGGAACAGAUGGAAGCGAAAAUGUGACAGGAUUGGACCUUUCAGAUUUUCCAGCGUUAGCAGACCGAAACAGAAGAGAAGGAAGUGGUAACCCAACUCCAUUAAUAAACCCCUUGGCUGGAAGAGCUCCUUAUGUGGGAAUGGUAACAAAACCAGCAAAUGAGCAAUCCCAGGACUUCUCAAUACACAAUGAAGAUUUUCCAGCAUUACCUGGUUCCAGCUAUAAAGAUCCAACGUCAAGUAAUGAUGACAGUAAAUCUAAUUUGAAUACAUCUGGCAAGACAACUUCAAGUACGGAUGGACCCAAAUUCCCUGGAGAUAAAAGUUCAACAACGCAAAAUAAUAACCAGCAGAAAAAAGGGAUCCAGGUGUUACCUGAUGGUCGGGUUACUAACAUUCCUCAAGGGAUGGUGACGGACCAAUUUGGAAUGAUUGGCCUGUUAACAUUUAUCAGGGCAGCAGAGACAGACCCAGGAAUGGUACAUCUUGCAUUAGGAAGUGACUUAACAACAUUAGGCCUCAAUCUGAACUCUCCUGAAAAUCUUUACCCCAAAUUUGCAUCACCCUGGGCAUCUUCACCUUGUCGACCUCAAGACAUAGACUUCCAUGUUCCAUCUGAGUACUUAACGAACAUUCACAUUAGGGAUAAGCUGGCUGCAAUAAAACUUGGCCGAUACGGAGAAGACCUUCUCUUCUAUCUCUAUUACAUGAAUGGAGGAGACGUAUUACAACUUUUAGCUGCAGUAGAGCUUUUUAACCGUGAUUGGAGAUACCACAAAGAAGAACGAGUAUGGAUUACCAGGGCACCAGGCAUGGAGCCAACAAUGAAAACCAAUACAUAUGAGAGGGGAACAUAUUACUUCUUUGACUGUCUUAACUGGAGGAAAGUAGCUAAGGAGUUUCAUCUGGAAUACGACAAAUUAGAAGAGCGGCCUCACCUGCCAUCCACCUUCAACUACAACCCUGCUCAGCAAGCCUUCUAAACAAAGACUUCCCUUUUCUUGGGGUAUGGCUGUCUCAGCACAAUACUCGACAUAACUGCAGAACUGAUGUGGCUCAGGCACCCUGGUUUUAAUUCCUUGAGGAUCUGGCAAUUGGCUUAUGCAAAGGGUCACCAUUUGAGGUCCUGCCUUACUAAUUAUGUGCUGCCCAACAACUAAAUUUAUACUUUGUUUUUCUCUAGUUUGAGCAGGGUCUGAAUUUUUUUCAUUUAUUUUCUUUUUUGCCAGCAGACAGACUUGAGUCUAUAAAGACAAGCAAGUACACUGACAGAAGUUUACCAUUUAGUUUCUAAAAUGUAAAAAAAAAAAAAAAAACCCACAAAAGACUCCACAAAAUUAGACCACAAAAUUUGCAUUGUUCAUUGUAGCACUAUUGGUAAUAAAAUAACAAAUGUUUGUGCAUUUUUAUGUGAAGAUCCUUCUCGUAUUUCAUUUGGAAAGAUGAGCAAGGUCUGCUUCCUUCAUUUUACUUCCCCUUCUGUUUUUGAAAGGCAGUUUCGCCAAGCUUAACGCAAGAAUAUCUGACUGUUUAGAAGAAAGAUAUUGCCACAAUCUCUGGAUGGUUUCCAGGGUUGUGUUAUUACUGAGCUUCAUCUUUCCAGAAUGAGCAAAACACUGUCCAGUCUUUGUUACGAUUUUGUAAUAAAUGUGUACAUUUUUUUUAAAUUUUUGGACAUCACAUGAAUAAAGGUAUGUAUGUACGAAUGUGUAUAUAUUAUAUAUAUGACAUCUAUUUUGGAAAAUGUUUGCCCUGCUGUACCUCAUUUUUAGGAGGUGUGCAUGGAUGCAAUAUAUGAAAAUGGGACAUUCUGGAACUGCUGGUCAGGGGACUUUGUCGCCCUGUGCACUAAAGGGCCAGAUUUUCAGCAGCCAAGGACAUCCAUACCCAAGUGAAUGUGAUGGGACUUAACGAAGUGAACUGAGACAAUUCACUCUGGCUGUUUGAACAGCAGCGUUUCAUAGGAAGAGAAAAAAAGAUCAAUCUUGUAUUUUCUGACCACAUAAAGGCUUCUUCUCUUUGUAAUAAAGUAGAAAAGCUCUCCUCA